AUGCAUCGUCGAGCGACAGAUGACGUGGUGGUGAUGCACCCGGACACGUCGAGAGGAAUAGAGGUCUUACACAACCCGGUGUACAACAAGGGAACGAGCUUCACGGCGAGCGAGCGGGAGAGACUCGGCGUACGUGGACUCGUUCCACCGCGGUUUUUCCCGAUCGGGCAGCAAGCAACGAAAAUAUGGGCGCAGAAUCAAAGUUUGGAGAGGCCGCUCGAUAAGUGGCAGCAUCUGCAGGAUUUAAAGGAUCGUAACGAGACGCUGUUUUAUCGCCUGGUGCACGAUCACAUCGAGGAGUUGGCGCCCAUCAUUUAUACGCCGACGGUCGGGGACGCGUGCUUGAAUUUCUCGAAGUUGUUGAGACGGGCGCGCGGGAUGUACUUUUCGGUGGACGAUAGGGGAGACAUCAACUCGAUGAUGUUUAAUUGGAAGCGCUCGGUGAGCGUCAUCGUCGUCACGGAUGGAAGUCGGAUUUUGGGCCUGGGGGAUCUCGGGACGAACGGGAUGGGGAUCUCGCAGGGUAAGGUGGACCUAUACGUCGCGGGCGGCGGUUUUGAUCCUCAGCAUGUCUUACCCGUCGUUCUAGACGUCGGUACGAACAACGAAGACCUGUUGAACGAUCCAUAUUACUUGGGUGUGCCGCGAAAGCGCCUCGAAGGAGAGGAAUACUAUGCGUUCAUCGAGGAAUUCAUUCGCGGCGUUCGUAAUCGUUGGCCCAACGCGCUGAUUCAGUUCGAAGAUUUUCAGACUAAGCACGCGAACAAAAUUUUGCAGCGAUACCGCAACGACGUGCUCUGCUUCAACGACGACAUUCAGGGCACCGCCGCUGUCGUCUUGGCGGGUCUGUACGGGGCGAUGAAGUGCUUGGGCGGACACAGGAAGGAUAUCGUGAAGCAAACGUUCGUGAUGUGUGGCGCUGGGAGCGCUGGGAGCGGAAUUGCGUCGUUCAUUCACCAGGCGCUUGUGGCCAAUGGGCUGUCUGAGGAUGAGGCGUACCAGCGAUUCUACAUCAUCGAUAAGGAUGGCUUGAUCACGCACGAUCGGAACCUCGAUGCGCCCGGCAUGGAGCCGAUUAGGCCUUUCGCUCGCGCCCGAAGCGAUUUACCCGAUGGGACCAGACUUUUGGAUGUCAUCGAAAAGGCGAGACCGACGACACUCAUGGGGGUCUCCACGGUGAGCGGGUUGUUCACGAGAGAGGUGCUGCAGAAGAUGGGCGAGAUAAAUGAGAGGCCGAUCAUCAUGCCCCUAUCCAAUCCCACGUCGCGAGCGGAGUGCACAGCGCAACAAGCGGCGGAAGCGACCGGAGGGAGGGCGAUCUUUUCAGCUGGAUCGCCCUUUGAAGAUGUCGAGAUGCCGAAUGGACACGUGAUGAAGGCGAAUCAAGGGAACAACUUUUACGUCUUCCCCGGCGUCGGUCUCGGCGCGCUCCUCUCCAAAUCAUCGGUAAUUUCGGACGGCAUGCUUCAAGCUGCUGCGAUGGCCGUCCCGGCCAUGCUUACGAGGGAGCAGCACGAGUCGGGAACGAUAUUUCCGCGCAUAAACCGAAUCAGAGAUAUCUCUGCGUACGUCGCCAUCAAGGUCAUCGAAGCCGCCGCUCGCGAGGGUCGCGUCCCGGAAGACAUCAGAAAGAUUGUCUCCAAGGGCGAGGAGGCGCUUCGCGAAUAUGUUUAUAGCACAAUGUGGAUUCCGAAUUAUCGACCGACCGUGUUCAGUUGCUCGAGCCGCAAGUAG